AUGGCGACUUUUGAGGCGGACGUCGGCCAGCUGACGUCGUCGGCCCAGAUCUUUGCGUCGAGCCGGUCGCUGCCGCAGAUCCGCGCCCUCCACAAGACUCUCAACGGGCAGGUCGACGACAAGGCUGCCCGCCUGCGUACGCAGGUUGGCGGCUCGUACCGCGAGCUUCUGGGUACGGCCGAUUCCAUUGUGCAGAUGCGUGGCGACAUGGACGCCGUGCGGGCGACGCUGGCGAGCAUGGGCAACCGAUGCGGUCGUGCCGCCGUGGGCGCCAAGGUGAACGCGCUGGCAACCUUUGCGAGUAGCAGCCAGGCCGGACGAGACCACGAGAAAGAUUCGCUCAGCGUGGCGGCUAGGGCACGGCUGCUGGAGGCGUGUGCCCGCACGGUGGCCCGGCUGCUAUCACGCUCGGCAGCGACGACGAUAGCGACAAACGCCAAGCUUGCCAAACAGCAGCAGCCACAAAAGCCAGCACAGACCUGGGGAGAGAGGCUGGUCCUGGCGGCAAAGGUAUUGGUGCUCAGCCGGCUGCUCAUCACCAGUCUGGCCGAGGACAAGUCCAAGACGGAAAGCAAAAACGAGAAGAAAAGUACAAUUCGAGACCCCACCGUGCGCAUCUCGAUCGAGGCGUCCAAGAAGACGCUCGCAAGCCUGCGCCGUCGGCUGCGCGACAUGGUCGAAGUGCUGGAGCGGACGGUGCACCACCGACACUACGACGCGCUGGUGGCAGCGAGAACGGGCGUAGACGGAGCGGUCGGCGAUGCAGCGCUUGCGAUGGACCUCAGCACCACCACGCACACCAGCCGGGCCGCAGCAGCGGCAGCAGCCCGCCGCGACGACCUCCUCCGGGCGCUGUGCGCCUACAGCCUGGCGACGACGUCGGGCGCUCGCGACGUGCUCUGGCAGCUGCUGCACACGCUGCUGGACGUGCAGGCACUGCUGCCGCACCGGCUGCCCGAGGCGCUGCUGGGACUGAAACGACGGGCGCUGCUGGACGACGAGAGCCUGCAACAGAUGGAGGGACUGGCACUGGAUGUGCACGGGCGAUGGUGCGGCGACGACGUGCAGUUCUUCAAGCCGUACAUCCGACACGACGACCUGGACGCGGCACAGGCGCGCGACAUGCUAGGCACGUGGGCCGAACGUGGCGCCGAUGCGCUGCUGGCCGGCCUGCAGCGGGCAUUGGGGGGUGUAGACGGGGCAGGGGACAGCCAGAAGAAGCGACCCGGACAAGCACAGCUGGACCUGCACGCGAUUGUGGACAUGCGGCGACGGGUACUGCAGCUGUGGAUCCGCGACAGCAGCCGGGUGCGCGGGCUGGACCCGGCGGCAUUGCUGGACCGGAUCCGGCUGGUGUUGGGGCAGCACAUGCAGCAGGUGCUGGAGGCCAAGGUCGACAAGCUGCGGCUGGUCGGAUCCGAGGUGGCGUCGACGGUGGCGUCAUGGCGAGACAGCGUGGCAGACCGGCACGCAAGCUUGUGGGGGGGAGGAAGCCUGGACGUGGAUGUGGACGUGGACGUGGACGUGGGUCUAGACACGGAUCUCUCGUCCGGGGCGGUGCCGUUUGUGUGGGAGGUCGUGGGACGGCUGCACGGCCGCAGCGAUGCGGUGGCGCGGGCGGUGGCCUCGUUUGCGACAUGGCGACGCGUGAUGGACGACGCCGAGGCCGUGGUGGCGCAGCUGCGACGACAGCGCUGGGAGCUGGAGGAGGGCGACGACGACGAUGAGCACGGCGACGGCCUGGUCGAGGACGAGGACACGAUCGCACAGCGCCAGCAGCUGCUGAGCCGCGACGACCCGACAAGGCUGCAGGGCCGUCUGGAAGCGGCGCUGGCGACCGCGUUUGCCGAUCUGGACCGACAGAUGGCCAGGACGUGGGCCCAGCUGGGGACAGAAGCAAACGACGGACAGGCGGACAGGGCCAUGUACCUGGUGCGCGUGUUGCGGGAGAUCCGGGCGGGCGGAGGUGAACGCGUGGCCUCGCUCGGACUCGCCAUCAUCCCAGAGCUGCACGACACGAUCGUCCGGUCAGUGACAAGACCGGCACUGGAACAGUUUGUGGCGGGGGCCCUGGCACGGAGGACGGUGGCCGGACGCAGUCUCUGGGAACUGGACAGGGACAGCGAGAAGGAGAAGGACGAGAAGGACGAAAAGAAAAACAGAAACGGGCUCGUCCUUCCACCAUCGCCUUCGCCGGGUGUCUUUCGGUUUCUGCGCGACCUCUCGACGGCUAUGAGCCGGGCUGGCAUGGAUCUCUGGAGUCCGACGGCGGUGGCGGUGCUGAAGCGACACGUGGCGGCCGAUCUGGCAGCGCGAUGGAUAGCCGUGUGGCUGCUGGACGCAGCCUGGUUGCACUGCUGCUUCGGAUCGGCCGGCCAGCAGCCGUGGAUGGACCUGGAAGAGCUGCUGGCCGGGCAGAGCGGACUGACGGCGGAAGCAGCGGCACGGCAGCGCAUCAUCAAGACGGCGCGGGACUCAUGGAAGAAGACGAGUCUGCUAUUUGGGGUGCUGUGA